GCCUCCUCGUUCUCUUCCCUCUCCGGUGCUCACUUGGCUCCUGCUCCGAUAUCCACCUCGGACCGGACCAACCACCAGCGGCGCAGGCCCGGCUGAGCCGCACGCGAGGACACUGCCGCAGCGAUGCAACCCGCCGCCACCUUCUCGUCCUUCUCCGCGUUGAUGCGCCGGCCUCCGCCGCCGGCCCGGCGCCUCCUCGUCGUCGCCGCCGCACGCGCGCACAGCACCGCCGGGGCAAGCCGUGCUCGCGGCGGCCUGCCGCGGUUCCACUCCCCGUCUCUCCCCUCGUCCAAGGGUGAGGUGGUUCGCAUCCAAGGUGACGAGUUCUGGCACAUGACACGGGUGUUGCGCCUUGGCGUCAAUGACAGGGUCGAACUAUUUGAUGGGGCCGGUGGCUUAGUUGAAGGAUCCAUACAAAAGGUUGACAAGAAUGGAUCAGAUGUUGAGUUAUUAGAGAAUGCGAGGCUCAUUGCUCCUCAAGGCAUUCAAUGGCAUGUCUUUGCUGCAUUUGGGACGCUGAAAGGUGGACGUGCAGAUUGGCUUAUAGAGAAAUGUACUGAACUUGGCGCUUCCAGUGUUACGCCUCUUUUGACUGAACGAUGCCAUACGAUAGCGGAAAAUAGAGUGGACAGGUUGCAACGGCUGGUGCUAGCUGCAGUUAAACAAUGCCAGAGAGUGCAUGAUAUGUCACUGAAGCCCCCACUUGAGAUACAUGAUCUUCCGCUGGCUGUGUCGCAAUCGAAGCUUGCUUUCUUAGCAUCUGCUGAAGCGCCUCCUGUUUUGAGCGUUUUGCCAAAGUGCAGCAGCGAGGAGGAAAGUGGGCUUUUAAUCAUUGGACCAGAAGGAGACUUUACGGAGGAGGAGGUGGGGGUUUUGAAGGCGGCUGGUGCGGUUCCCGUUGGUCUUGGUCCAUGCAGGCUACGCGUGGAGACAGCUACGAUAUCACUCCUUUCUGCGCUCAUGCUGUGGUCAGACUCUGCUCAUCACCAAGAAGCACAGCAGCAACGCGGAUAGUUCAUAAUUUGUGAACCAUUUAUAACAUGUGGUUGGACUUGACUUUUCCAAGAGCAUGCAUGUAUACGUAGUCGACAAUCAAUCAGUCAACUGAACUGGAUCUGAGGUAGUAUAAUAGUAUUAUACACGUAA